GUAACACCAGUUCUCUCCUUUACUUCCCAACACUAAUCCCUAAGUUCUAAUCUCCCAUUAAUUAUCAGUCAUGACCAACUCUUGUCUUCCUCUUUCCAUUCUUGUCUUUCUUCUCCCUAUCUUGCUCAUCUUCUCAGGUGGGAUUCUGAUCCCUGUAAAUGGACAGGCACCUGGUCAGGGAGCGUGGUGCAUAUCUCAGCCAGCGGCCUCAGAGCAGGCACUGAUGGAGAAUAUAAACUUUGCAUGCAAGAUGGUGGAUUGUAGCACGAUCCAACCAGGAGGGCUCUGCUAUUACCCCGCCACUCUGGCUAAUCAUGCCUCAGUUGUCAUGAAUCUCUACUUCCAGAAACUGGGCAGGCACUCCUGGAAUUGUGACUUCAACAAAACUGGAAUCAUUGUGGUCACAGAUCCUAGUCAUGGGGAUUGCAAGUACCAAUAUGCUAAGUACUAGGUGCCAUGCAGAUGUGGAACGGCACGUUCUUGAUGGCUUGGGAUUCAAUAACUUGUGAUUGAUGUUCCGUUUCUGAAUUUUUCAUGAGUUGUAAUGUUCUAACAGAAUUCUGGUUAAGGUGUUAGUUUUAAACCGAAACCUGCUUUU